AAGUGUUUUUGACGUAAAAUAUAUGAAGAGUAGCGAGUAAAACUAUUAGUCAUUUUAGGGCGGCUGUUGAGUGCUGAAAGCAGUAUGGGUCAAACUGUGUUACUUUUUGCCAUUUUAUGCAGCGUGUUGUUGUGUGCCGAGACACAGUUUAUUAUAGUACGGUCGCAAGGUACAAUUUCGAAAACUAGCGAUGUGUCCUGGACAACGGCGCCCUACUCUCGUGUUUGAAAACGUGGUCUUUACUCGCAACGAACAAGGAGCGACUACGGCUAUAAGUUUUAUGGUAUACGUUAAGAAACGAGUGGAAAGGCUUACGAUGUCGGUUACCUUCUGGAAAUGCGAAGACUAUGAGCACAUGGACAGUUGUGAAUAUUAUUUAAAAGAUUACACAUCAAAUGACAUAUGUGAACUUAUGGGGAAGAAAAAUCAGAUUUGGACACCUUUUAUGGACAAUUUUAGUAUGCCUCCACGUUGCCCUAUUAACGUGGGAAACUAUACAUUCGCACCCACCCCCAUUAAUGAAAAGCUGUUAACCAUUCUGCCGUUACCAAACGCAUUUUGGAAAUUACAAUUCAAGGGAAACGAUACUAUAACUGGAGAGUACGUGUCAUGUGUUGAUGUCGAAUUCGAAAUUCACUCAAGGCGUAGAAAUUAGAUACCACCGCACAGCUAAGAAAUGUG